CAACCUGCCCUUGACCUUGACCUCGAUCCUCGAGCGGAUGGAGCGCAUCAGCGCGUGGGGCCCAGGACACAGUGCUGGGAAUCACAGGGAUCCAAUGCUCUUUCUCGUCAAUUAUUGCCUUCACCUUCCCCCUGCAUCUGCAUCCCAUGGACCUCUGCUUUGCUCUUCCAAGGCGGCCAAGCAAGCUUGAAUCAAGCAACCUCUCGGUCCGGCGACGAGCGGCUGGCGGCGCCAUCCAGCAAACCGGGACAAAUCCAUGGAGAUCGUGGUGGGGGCACUACCGAGCCUCGUGCACAAGCUCGGUGAGCUGCUAGUUGGCGAGUACAAUCUGCAAAAGGAGGUGAAAGGAGGGAUCAUCUUCCUCCAAGCUGAGCUCGAGAGCAUGCAAGGUGCCCUCGAGAAGAUCUCGAGGACACCAGCAGACAAGAUUGACGACCAGGACAAGAUCUGGGCUAGGAAAGUGAGAGAGAUGUCCUACGAUAUAGAGGACAACAUUGACAAAUAUAUCGUGCAGUGCAAGGGGAGGAAGACGGUCGAACAGCAUAGCUUCAAGGAAGCCAUUGAUAGGACCCUCAAAUGGUUCAGGCAGCCUAAGAUUCGUCGUAAGAUUGCUACAGAAAUCAGAGAGAUCAAGAGCCGUGUCAUCGAGGUGCACGAGCGGCGUGAGAGGUACAAGAUCGAUGAUGUCGAUAAGCCUGCUGCUGUUGAUCCUCGUUUGUUGGCUCAGUACAAGAAGGCAACAGAGCUCGUUGGCAUUGAUGAGGCAAGGGAUGAGGUGAUUAACAUUCUGGUGGAAGGGGAUGGUGUGUCCAGCCAGCAUGGCAAGGUAGUUUCCAUAGUUGGAUUUGGUGGCCUGGGAAAGACGACUCUUGCUAAAGUGGUGUAUGAAAAGAUCAAGGGAAAAUUCGAUUGCUGGGCUUUUGUUCCUGUGUCUCAAAAUCCUGACAUGAGGGAAUUCUUCAAGAGGUUGCUCUAUGAACUUGGAAAGAACGUCAAUGAUCAAACAUUGGAUGAGAGGCAACUCAUCGAUCAAACCAGAAAACUCCUUCAGACGAAGAGGUACUGCAUUGUUAUUGAUGACAUAUGGAGUGUCACGAUUUGGGAUACGAUUAGAUGUGCUUUGCCCGAUGAUGUUGGUGGAUACAUAAUUAUCACAACUACUCGUGUUUUAAAGGUAGCCGAACAAGUUGGUGGUGCCUACACGAUGAAACCCCUUUGUCUUGAGAGCUCCCGAAAACUACUGUAUGGAAGAAUAUUUGGUAAUGGGAGCAAAGACAACAAUGAAGACAUAGUAAAAUGUCUUGACGAUGAGUUGGCCGAAGUAUCAGACAGAAUACUGAAGAAAUGUGCUGGUGUGCCAUUAGCUAUAGUUACGAUGGCUAGUUUGCUAGCUUGCAAAGCAAGAAAUAAAAUGGAGUGGUACGAGGUGUACAAUUCUGUUGGUACUGGUCUGGAAAACAAUCUAGAUGUGGAGAAUAUGAGAAAGAUUUUGUCAUUUAGCUAUUAUGAGCUACCGUGCCAUUUAAGGGCUUGCUUGUUAUAUUUGAGCAUGUUUCCUGAAGAUUAUGAAAUUAAGAAGGAUCGAUUGAUAAGGAUGUGGAUAGGUGAAGGUUUUAUCCAAUGUGAAAAAGCAGGGAAGAGCCUAUUUGAACUCGGAGAAAGUUACUUCAAUGAGCUUAUAAAUAGAAGCAUGAUCCAACCAAUUCAUAAUAUGAUAAAUGAUAUGAUAUCAAGAUGUCGUGUACAUGAUAUGGUGCUUGAUCUUAUCCGCUCCUUGUCUAGUGAAGAAAACUUUAUUACUGUACUAAGUGAUAUGGGAGGUACAUCUCCGUCAAAUACAAUUCGGAGGUUAUCCCUUCAGAAUGGCCAGGAAAGUCAUGUGAUGGCUCAAGCUACAUGGAGCUUGCAACAUGCAAGGUCAGUUGUUGUCUUUCCAGCUGCUGCUUCUCUAACGCCGCCUCUUGCCUGCUGCCAAGUUUUACGUGUUCUGGAUUUAGAAGACUGCCAUCUUUCACAAGCUAAUAGUAGCCUUAAGUACCUUGGGAAUUUGCAUCACUUGAGAUACUUGGGACUUUGUGGGACAGGUGUUUCUCAGCUCCCGGAAGAAAUAGGAAACCUGCAGCUUCUACAAACAUUAGAUGUAAGGGGUACUAAAAUUUUCAGGUUGCCUUCGAGUGUUGUCCAGCUAAGAAAGUUGAUGUGCCUAUACAUGAACGAGUUUACAGGAGUUCCAAACGGAAUUGGAAACAUGACAUGCCUUGAACAGCUGUCAUGGUUACACAUUGAUGACUCUACCAUAAACAUUAUAGAAGAGUUGGGCCAGCUAACUGAACUGAGGCAGUUGUAUAUUCAAUUGGACAAGUGGAACAACAAGCUGUUGGAGUGCCUAUGCAAGCUACAAAAGAUGCAGAAACUAGUUAUCACGGUCUAUAAGGGUCAAUGCAGCAUCGGCGGGUUGGAUGCCUGGGUCGCCCCUCGACAUCUCCGCAAAUUGGAUUUCAACAGAUGUUGGUUUUCAACAUUGCCGGCUUGGGUGAAUCCAUCGCUUCUUCUGGAUCUCACCAAGCUAGAAAUCGCCGUGAGGGAGCUACAUCAGGUUGAUCUCGAAAUCCUCGGGAGGUUGCCAGCUCUCCGCUUUCUAAAACUGAAGGUGGACAACAAGAACCUCGGUAUCCUUGCGAGAUUCGUUGUUGGUGCUGGUGCGUUCCCGUGCCUUGUAAGCUGUUGCUUCGAGCAAUUUGUGUGGCUAGUGGUAUUUCAGCAUGGAGCUAUGCCAAGGCUCAGAUAUCUUAUAUUCUCUCGGUUUUAUCUGCGGGAGGCAAGAGGAAUUGCCUGCAAUGACGGUAGUCUCGACUUGGGCCUGGGAAACCUGCCAUUUUUGCAGCUUGUCAUCGCUCAGCUGCAAUGUGAUGGUGCUGGCAAGGAGGAGGCAGAGCAAGCCAUGGCUGCGCUGACGCAUGAAGCUGAAAUGCAUCCCAAUCAUCCCCGUCAUGUUAUAGAUGACGAUGAUGAUGAUGAUGACGAGUAUGAGGAUGACGAUGACGAGUACGAGUAAUAUAAGACUUUACGCCAGAAGGUGAAGCUGGAGCAGAGCAGAUGACAAAGUCCCUCUGUUUCGCCACGCAUGCAGAGGUUAAACUGCUCGGCCAUGAGCUUUACCAGACACCCUCAGACUCAGAGCAUGCGUUUGAGACUGAGAGCUUUGAUCGUUUCUGCUGUGCAUCAGAUACUUCGGCCAUGGCAUUUCGUUGCGAGAGUGUAGGAUGACAUUGUCAGUGGAUAUGAUUGUAAUACCUGACUAACUUCCCCCUCUGUACUCAUAAUACCGUUUACUUUACUCAUUGAAAAGGGACUGAGCUGUGGCCUGCGCCCCUGAUCUAUGUACUCAGGGCCUUGGCUGUUUAUUUUGAUGAAUUCUUUUAGAUUAAGUGAUGAAAGAUAAAAACAAUGUAUUUUUGGGUUAAUGUUGCAGCUUGUGACCGUAAUCAUCUUGUGAGCCGUAAGCAUGGACGGCGGUAUGUAAUCAUCUUAUGAGCCGUAAGCAUGGAUAUUGUUGCGGAGUAUGUAUUCAUUGUGAGCCGUAAACAUUUUAAUAUUUGGGAUUUGAAUGAUACUCCAGGACUAGUUCUGUGUUC